CCGAAGGUAGACCGGUGAUGAUAACUGUCGUGCACGAAUCUGAUUCUGGAUGAUCUGAUGAAUUACGAAGUAGUACGUGAGUUAAACUUCAUUAGAUUUCCACCACAAAGAUCGUAUUUGAUCUGUAGAAGCUAAACCUUCAGCAGACCUAAAAGCUGCCAUAGGUAGUGAGAAAAGAGAGAUGCGUAAGACAGAAUGUGACAAAAUUGCCUUUGUUCCUCCAGGACUGAGGACUCCGCGAAACGAGUCGAUGUGUGCGUGGGGUCCGAUCUUUCUCACUGUAGCGAGCUGGAAACGACACGAUUCUUGCAACAACUGAGAGAGAACUUGUGCAGAUCAGAUAGCCAACUGAAGAAACGCGAAACUGAAAGGCGUGCGUAACUGAUGGGGAUGUGUUUCACGCGUGCUUCUCGUGGAGACCACAUGGGGUAACGUUAGAGGUAUCUGGAAGUUGCUGCGCUAAAACGAGGAGCAUCGCAGUUGGAGACGCGAGCGCGCAUCGCACUGUCCCGCAUUCAGAUGAUGGACGGGUUUCUGAUGCGAUAGAAAAUCCGACUGUACCUUGGACCACAGUGGACCCCUGUCGCGCUAUAAGAAUUUAUUGCAAUGGAUUUGCCCUAAAAACGUGUCGUUUAUAAAGUGAUCUAGAGAAAGUGAUGCUGCUGAAAAUCGAUUUGGAUUACACGCUUUCUUAUAAUGUUAAACAAUUACCUACGCAGACUUUACUCAAGCAUCUAGGUAUUUGAGAAGUUUUAUCUGAAGUAGAAGACCGUGAGUAUUCGUUUCGAGGUGAAGACGGAAAGCAACAACUCAAAUGGAGUUGCCGGUGGUGUUUUUUACGGUAGUGUGUUGGGUGUCCGUAUGGUCGGACGACAGGAUCAUCUCAGAUAGACAUGCGGUCUACUGGAACAGCUCAAACUCCAGGUUCUGGCAGGGGGAAUACACUGUGGCCGUGAGCAUCAACGACUACCUGGACGUGUAUUGUCCAUAUUACGAGACCCCCCAGCCUCACAGUCGCAUGGAGCGCUACAUCCUUUUCAUGGUUAACCAUGAUGGUUACCUCACCUGUGAGCACCGCAUGAGGGGCUUCAAGAGAUGGGAGUGUAACCGCCCCCAGAGCCCUGACGGACCCCUGCGAUUUUCUGAGAAGUUCCAACUCUUCACCCCCUUCUCGCUUGGUUUUGAGUUUCGACCUGGACACGAGUACUAUUACAUAUCUUCUCCUCAUCCCAACCACGCUGGCAAGCCUUGUUUAAAGUUGAAGGUGUAUGUUAAACCCACAAGUUCGGGCUACGAAUCUCCAGAGCCUUUCCUGACUGACCGGAGCCAUCGCUGCAGGGCAGACGGCCCGUGCCUAGCUGCGCUGCUGUUCCUGCUGCUGGCUCUGCUGCUGGCCCGCAUUUAAAAGCUCCACAGCGGCCCAGACUGCCUACCGUUCUCCCUCCGUCCAUACUCCCUCAGGGAAGCCCUCUUCUUCAGCCCACGGCUAAUGCGCAGUCUGAGUCUGAUCUGAGAACAGAGACGUUCGGCCUGCUCUGGGGCUUUAUGCUUGUGGGACAAAUUAGCAGCUGAUGUAGUGAGACUUGAGCACCUGGAGUGUGUCGUUGAAUGUGACCUUUUAUAUAUGCUGUCAUGUAAUCAAGGCUUAAUGUGUCAUUUUUUCACCGCGUAGGUCAUCGCAGUUUCAAUCAACGGUUUACAAGUGACUUUAAACACUGAUUUAGAUAGCUAUAAAGCCCCCCGCAUCACCUUUCCACAUACGUCAUACUCAAUCCCGGUCUAUCUAGAAAUAGAGAUUUUUUCCCAGGUAACAAAUGACACCAAAGGACUCUCUUCAGAGAGAAGAGAAACCAUGAUUUGUGAUAGCCAGCAAUUAGAGAAUUAGUGGUAGACAUUCACAUGCAUGUGAAACACUGUGAAACGGAUCUUCUUACAAUAGUGAUGAUAUAUUUUUCUUAGCAACAAAAUGAAAAUAGACCUUCUAGACACUGGCGUGAAGGCUCAGCUGGUGCAGCUUGGAUCAGACAGCCAGAUGUCAGCGCUCACUGCUGGCCCUCACCUCAAAACUGUGUGUCCGUGUCGUGGGGGUCUACUAGGAACAAGGACUCUGAAUCUUCUAGAUUAGAAUACUCGCUUUGGUGCAAAACCCAAAUGCCGCUUAAUAAGACUCUGCGUCGGUUUUCUUUCAGCUGUGUGGGAUGAGGAACAAAAUGACUUUUUCCAAACUGAUCUGUGCAGAUCAGGCAUCAGCCACUUUUAAAUCACCAGUGUAAGAUGACAGCACUGCAGGCUCGGACAAAAAGGAAAUGGAUUUUUUGUAUUCUAUUUCAUGUUAUUUUUGUAGCAUUUAAAAGCAACAUUAAUUAUUCAUGUGAUAUGAGGAACGGUUUUAGCGUCUUGAGUGGCGAUACAGCAUGUGAGUCAGCAGUCGGAUUAUUCAGAGGGGCCCACUCGUUCACUCUUGCUGUUGUUAUUGUGAUCUUGUCAAACUGUAUUCAGUAUUUAAAGAGACAGAAAGCAUUUCUUUCCAUCUGAUUUGAUCGUGUCCUCUUUUUCAUGUGACGUUUUGUACAGACAACAUGUUUUGUUAAACUGAAGAAACAUGCUCAAAUUAAAAACAGAAAAUAA